UCAGACGGAAGAGGGAGCGGGGCGUGGCAGGGCUGACUCGCAGGCUGCCUGGGGCUCACUGAACCCGAGAACGCGCGUGUCUGAGUGUGAACGCGUUGUCCUCGGGCCCUGGGGGCUGGGCAUGGGAAAUGGCAACGCGGUGGAGCAGCGAGAACGUAGUGGUGGAGUUCCGCGACUCCCAGGCAACAGCGAUGUCUGUGGACUGUCUGGGGCAGCAUGCGGUGCUCUCUGGCCGCCGAUUCCUAUACAUCGUCAAUCUAGAUGCCCCCUUCGAAGGACACCGAAAGAUCUCGCGCCAGAGCAAGUGGGACAUCGGAGCCGUGCAGUGGAAUCCUCAUGACAGCUUUGCGCACUAUUUUGCAGCCUCGAGCAACCAACGAGUCGACCUUUAUAAGUGGAAAGAUGGCAGUGGGGAAGUUGGCACAACCUUACAAGGCCACACUCGCGUCAUCAGUGACUUGGACUGGGCAGUAUUUGAGCCAGAUCUCCUGGUCACCAGCUCUGUGGACACCUACAUCUAUAUUUGGGAUAUCAAGGACACAAGGAAGCCCAGUGUCGCACUGUCUGCUGUAGCGGGUGCCUCACAGGUCAAAUGGAAUAAAAAAAAUGCUAAUUGCCUUGCCACCAGCCAUGAUGGGGAUGUACGGAUUUGGGACAAGCGGAAACCCAGUACAGCAGUGGAAUAUCUAGCAGCCCACCUCUCCAAAAUCCAUGGCCUGGACUGGCACCCAGACAGCGAGCACAUCCUUGCUACCUCCAGUCAAGACAACUCUGUCAAGUUCUGGGAUUACCGCCAGCCUCGGAAAUACCUCAAUAUUCUCCCUUGCCAGGUGCCUGUCUGGAAAGCCAGAUACACUCCUUUCAGCAAUGGAUUGGUGACAGUGAUGGUGCCCCAGCUGCGGAGGGAGAACAGCCUUCUCUUGUGGAAUGUCUUUGACUUAAACACCCCAGUCCAUACCUUUGUGGGCCACGAUGACGUGGUACUGGAGUUCCAGUGGAGGAAGCAGAAGGAAGGGUCCAAGGACUACCAACUGGUUACGUGGUCGCGGGAUCAGACCUUGAGAAUGUGGCGGGUGGAUUCCCAGAUGCAGAGGCUUUGUGCAAAUGACAUAUUAGAUGGUGUUGACGAGUUCAUUGAGAGCAUUUCUCUCCUGCCGGAACCAGAGAAGACCCUUCACACUCAAGAUACAGAUCACCAACACAACUCAAGCCAUGGGGAGGAAGAAGUCUUAAAGGAAGAUCCCCUGAGCAAUCUCCUGGAAGAGAAGAAGUCAGAUCAGCUGGGCCUACCUCAGACCCUGCAGCAAGAGUUCUCCCUGAUCAACGUGCAGAUUCGCAAUGUCAACGUGGAGAUGGACGCAGCAGACAGGAGCUGCACGGUAUCCGUGCAUUGCAGCAACCACCGCGUCAAGAUGCUAGUGAAGUUCCCUGCGCAGUACCCGAACCACGCAGCUCCCUCCUUCCAGUUCAUUAACCCCACCACCAUCACGUCCACAAUGAAAGCAAAGCUGCUCAAGAUCCUGAAAGACACUUCCCUGCAAAAAGUGAAACGCAACCAGAGCUGUUUGGAGCCCUGCCUUCGCCAGCUCGUGUCCUGCCUUGAGUCUUUUGUGAACCAAGAAGACAGCGCUUCCAGCAACCCCUUCGCGCUCCCAAACUCUGUCACGCCACCCCUACCGACGUUUGCCCGGGUGACCACUGCUUAUGGGUCCUACCAGGAUGCCAAUAUUCCCUUCCCCAGGACUUCAGGGGCCAGGUUCUGUGGGGCAGGGUACCUGGUAUAUUUCACACGGCCCAUGACGAUGCACCGAGCAGUGUCUCCCACAGAGCCUACUCCAAGAUCUCUCUCGGCCUUGUCUGCUUAUCACACUGGCUUGAUUGCACCCAUGAAGAUCCGCACAGAGGCCCCGGGGAACCUCCGUUUGUACAGUGGGAGUCCCACGCGCAGUGAGAAGGAGCAGGUCUCCAUCAGCAGCUUCUACUACAAGGAGCGGAUGUCUCCUCGCUCUGCCCGGCGGCGUUGGUCCAUACAAGCAAUUAACGACUUCCCGAAAUCAAGGAGGUGGAAAAGUAAGCGUGAGGGAUCAGACUCUGGCAAUCGACCAAUCAAGGCUGCUGGGAAAGUGAUCAUUCAGGAUAUCGCCUGCCUUCUUCCUGUUCACAAGUCACUGGGAGAACUGUAUAUAUUGAAUGUGAAUGACAUUCAAGAAACAUGUCAGAAGAAUGCUACUUCCGCCUUGCUUGUUGGGAGGAAGGAUCUUGUCCAGGUUUGGUCGCUGGCUACGGUAGCUACAGAUCUUUGCCUUGGUCCGAAGUCUGACCCAGAUUUGGAAACACCCUGGGCUCGACAUCCGUUUGGGCGACAGCUGCUGGAGUCCCUGUUGGCUCAUUACUGCCAACUCCGGGAUGUGCAGACUUUGGCCAUGCUCUGCAGUGUGUUUGAAGCCCAGUCUCGGCCUCAGGGGAUACCCAACCCCUUCGGGCCUUUUCCCAGCCGUUCGGCCAACCUCGUGGUGUCCCACAGUCGAUAUCCCAGCUUUACUUCUUCUGGUUCCUGCUCAAGCAUGUCAGACCCAGGAUUCAACACUGGUGGCUGGAACAUAGUGGGAAGAGAGACAGAACAUACGUCUUCACCUUGGGGAGAGUCUUCACCAGAAGAAAUCCGCUUUGGGAGUCUGACCUACAGUGAUCCUCGUGAGGGAGAACGUGACCAGCAUGAUAAAAAUAAAAGGCUUCUGGACCCUGCCAAUACCCAGCAAUUCGAUGACUUUAAGAAAUGCUAUGGAGAAAUCCUCUACCGCUGGGGUCUGAGAGAGAAACGAGCUGAAGUGCUGAAGUUUGUCUCCUGUCCCCCUGAUCCUCACAAAGGGAUCGAGUUCGGCGUGUACUGCAGCCACUGCCGGAGCGAGGUCCGGGGCACACAGUGCGCGAUCUGCAAAGGCUUCACCUUUCAGUGCGCCAUCUGCCACGUGGCUGUGAGAGGAUCGUCUAAUUUCUGCCUGACCUGUGGGCACGGGGGACACACCAGCCACAUGAUGGAGUGGUUUCGGACCCAGGAGGUGUGUCCCACUGGGUGUGGGUGCCACUGCCUGCUUGAAAGCACUUUCUGAACUUAAAGCUGUGAAAGUUGUCAGAAAUCCCAGAGGACCCUCGUGCAUGUGGGUGACAAGCUCUCAGCCAGGAGAGAGACUCCAGAACCCACCCCCAAGAGACCAGGAUGUGUUCCCCUCAAAGAUUGACAUAGCCCCAGCUGUUCACAAGCCUUUGCCCUCUCUUCUUUGGCUGUUGGUGGUGGGGGUGUCGGUGGAGGAGGAUGUUGGCAGAUACGCAGAGCUGCACAGACAGGUGGAAGUUUUCUUGGAGAAGAGCCCCUGCCUCCAGAGCUGUGUUUACCUUUUUUUUGCCCCCGAGCAAAAAAGAACCAUUUAUUUCUCUAAACAUCAUUCGUAUUUUGUGAAAGGAGCCUAUGCCGAGGAUGAGGAGCUUACUUUCUGAAGGAUAAUGUGCAAAUCUCAUUAGCCACUGGGCUGUGAUAGUAAAGUGUGGGACACUCAUGAUCACUGGAGACCCAGACACACCUUUUCUGACAUCACAGUACAGUCAGAGCUGUGCUUACCUUUAAGGUGUUAACCUUAAACCACGAAACAGUGUCCUUUCUGAUGCCAUCACAGAGACCAAAGUCAGAGGCAAAGGACAGUCCCCUGAGCCAGAGGACUAUGGACAUUAAUUUAGUUGACAGAUGGGCCUAUGACAUAAGUUGGUGCAUUUAAUGGACUGUGGCCUUUUAAAAUAUGAAUUAUAAAUAUGUAAUGUACUUGAUGAUCCUUAAGACUUUUGUUUGUUUGUUAUUUUUCUUACAAAUGCUCUUCCUUGGCUAAUAAAAUUCUAGUCAUUGUUUGAAAAAAUAGAGAUGAGGAAGUUGAACAACAUUUUAGUGGAUCUUUUUUUAUUCUACUUCUAACUGAAAUUAACGCUCUGUGAUGGGACCAAAGUCAGUGCUCAACCAAUUCUUUUAGCAAAAGGAAAAUGAGAUUACUUGCAGCAUUGCUGUGAAAGUCUCCUGUUGCUGCUGUGCAGGUUGGCCUGGUUCCAAUACAUGUCUUCCCUCUUCUCUUGGGCUCUGUCUAGCCUUCAACCUGUGUUUAUCUAUGUUCCAAGUGAUUGUGACUCAGAUGGCCACUGAUUCUUCAGAAUGAUUUUCAGUGUUUCCCAGUUUGUAUGUGCCAGGAAAGAGAAAUCUUUUCAAUAUCGCCUCUGAAAUUGAUACUUGUCUCAUAGAAUUUUACAAUUCCAAAUUGACUGACUUAAGGACUAUAAUUCCGUGUCUCAAAAUAUGGAAGUGUGGUACAUCACUAUGUUUUAAACUACGGGUUAGGACCCAUUAAUAGAUUGUGAGAUCAAUUUAGUGGAUAAAAACCAGAAUUUAAAAAAAAUGGAUUAGAGUGGAAGAGAGAUAUCAGAACAUACCAGAUGUCGUUAGGGUAAACAUUGUCUGGUGUAACUUGUUUACAAGUGUCUAUGCACAUGUGUAUAAUGGAUUACAGUGUAAAUUCAUUUCUUACUGAGGGUUGUGGUCCAAACAUUUUGAAAACACUGUUUUGGAUGAUGCUUUGGAUGGGCGCAGAACACUGACAUAAGAAGAGCCUAGAACUUGUGCAGUGAGAGCAGGAGGUUCAACCCUGGGCUCUGAUGAGUGGACUGAAUAACUCAGUGCAGUGGGUACACUGGGAGGCUGAUAAAGCAUCGGGCCAAGGAAAUCUGAAUUUGUUCACUCUCUCCUCUUCGCUUGUUUGUGUCAACGCUGCUAUAAAGGCGCCACAGAAUAGGAUGACUAAUUUACAGUGAGCUGAAGGAUCUGUUGUGUUCCUCAGUGAAAUCACACCAUUUGCCAACAACGGGCUUUUUCCUCUUCCUCCACUGCUGAAGCUAAUGUCAAAAUUUGUCCCUGUCUGUCCCCAUCAAGAAUUACAUGUUUUAUUGUUAAUUUUUCUUGGUCUUUCUAAAACUGAAAAACCUUAAUAAUGGGCAUUAAGGAAUAAUGCUUAAAACAUUACAUAAUGUCUUCUUUCAGUGUGUGCAUUUUUUAAAAAUUUCUAAGUUAUUGGCUUAAAAGUCUAAUAUUUUAAAAAUAUUCCUGUUUGGAAAUAUUUUAGUCUGGAUGGUGGCCGUGGUCAGUAUUCUCUCUGCUUCAGAAUAAAUUAUUACAGGCACCUAAGUCCUUUUCUGUUUGUUUUUAAAAAUAAUACAAGCUAUGUUCUAAAGUACCUUUGAACCUGGCAAGGAAAGCAGGACUAGUAGCUUUAUUUGUGCAGCAGAAACAAAAAGUUUCUUAGGGGUCUGCUGGAAAGAAUGGGGGGGCCAGGGUGAGCUUCUGGGCCACCAGCUCGAUUUUAUGCCCCUGUCCUCACACCCCCUAAAACACAAAUGGUAUACUGCCAUGUAGGUAGAAUCGAUGCUGCUUUAAUUUUUUUUUUAAAUUUCCUCUAAUAUAAAAAUACAUUCAGUCUAAAGCUACUGAGCUCACAUGCCGGGAGCUCCUUCCCUUAUUCUGUGAUUCCCUGAGUGGCUGGCAGGAUUUUGGAGAAAGCUGGCUCCUUUUUGGUGGCUUAAAAUGGCAGGAGCUUGAGGGAAAGACAGGAGUCAUUUGUGCUGUCCGAAGACCGGUGCUGUAGCUUCCCUUGUGCUGAAGGGGAGGGGGAGUUGUCAGUGGUCUCUGUGCAGCAGAACAAUUUCUUAGAAGAUUGAUUUUGCCAGCUGUGGGAGAAUCGUUCUGAAAACAGGGUUAUACCAUUUCAUACCUUCUUCAAAGUUGGAGCUGACAAUAGAGUCUUAUACACACACUCCAGGGUAGGUCCCAGGGGCUGUGUUUUGAAAGCUAUGCCCAGUGAUAAUGUCAUCUGCUCCUCUUUCUAACAAGUAAAGAAGAUCAUCAGCUUUGAGGAAGACUUGAAUACUUGUCAAGCUGCUUACAACACAGUCCCUUCUGAGGAAAUCUGAUAACUUACCUUCAACAUUAAAAAGCAGUUUCUUCUCCAUCUUUGUUGAUAAACUGUUUGGUACUGAUAUUAUUUUGCACUUGGUCUUAAAAGCACUUGAUUGAUUUCCCAGAACAGCCAUGUUAUUUUGGUUAUAAAUGAUAAGAGCUAUGAUUUGGUGAAAUUUUGUCAACUAUGCACUGUGGCACAGGUGCAGAUGGAUAACCAGUCCAGUAAAAUCUGAUUCAGGUGUUUGUUAAUUUCUGCUUCAAAAACAAAAAUGUUUUCAUUGCAAUUGGUGAAACAAUACAUGGAAAUAAAAUUAAAUUAAUAAACAUAAGAUUAAUAAUCUUCCUCCAGUCUUCCCA